AUGGAGCUCGUGGUGGAACAGGCUGAAGCUGAAAGGCUUUGGGCCAAUGAACAACAACGUCAACGUCAACAACAACAUGAACAACAACAGCGAUCGCAACAACCACCCGCACUCCUCAAUAAGGCGUCAAUGAGAACAACCAGCGAAGACUGGCUCAUUGUCACGUCUCAUUUACUAGCAUACGAAGAGAUGCUGGAUGGUACAGAGGAGCUGUUUAAGAUGCAGAAACCUCUCGUCAACGAACUUCAAGGACAAACAAUACUCAGAGGACAGGACAAGAAGCACAUGACCAGGACCUAG